ACAGGUGGAUUGAAUCCCAGCCCAGAGUCUCCUGUAAAUAACCGGAUUCCGGACACGCUGGACGCGGCGGAUCCCGGCGUUAGUUUUCAUGGGCUCUAGAUGUGAAUCAUUCCCAUGAUGCAACAUGUUUCCCCAGCACCAGCUCUGACAAUGAUGGCCACCCAGAGUGUGCCCCCACCCCCUUACCAAGAGAGUCAGCAGAUGACGGCUACAGCCCAGCAGCAGGCCAAAGCCCAGCCGGUGCAUCUCCCAACAUCCUCUGCUCCAGCCAACCCGGUCCCCGGGGCCCCCAUCGACCCUCAGGCACAGCUAGAAGCUGACAAGCGUGCAGUCUACAGGCACCCGCUCUUCCCGCUCCUAACACUGCUGUUUGAGAAAUGUGAACAGGCCACGCAAGGCUCGGAGUGCAUCACCUCUGCCAGCUUCGACGUGGACAUCGAGAACUUCGUCCACCAGCAGGAACAGGAGCACAAACCGUUUUUCAGCGAAGACCCCGAACUCGAUAAUCUGAUGGUGAAAGCCAUCCAGGUUCUGCGGAUCCACCUGCUGGAGCUGGAGAAGGUGAAUGAAUUGUGCAAAGACUUCUGCAACCGCUACAUCACCUGCCUGAAAACCAAAAUGCACAGCGACAACCUACUCAGGAACGACUUGGGGGGCUCGUACUCCCCAAACCAGCCGGCCAAUAGCAUCCUGACCCAGGAAAUGUUACAGAACUCCCCGAACUCCCUGAGCGCUUUAUCCCAAAACCCGCCGGGGAUCGUGGUCCCUGCCUCGGCUCUGCAACAAGGAAACUUAUCCAUGACAACCGUCAACUCAGCACAAGUCGUGUCAGGGGGUGCAUUGUACCAGCCGGUUGCCAUGGUAACAUCGCAGGGUCAGGUAGUAACUCAGACAAUCCCUCAAGCCGCCAUACAGAUACAGAAUGCGCAGGUUAACUUGGAACUGACCUCCCUGCUCGACAGCGAAGACAAAAAGGCAAAGAACAAGCGCGGAGUCCUCCCGAAACAGGCCACCAACAUAAUGCGCUCGUGGCUCUUCCAGCAUCUGAUGCACCCGUAUCCCACCGAGGAUGAGAAGCGACAGAUCGCAGCUCAGACAAACCUUACGUUACUGCAGGUCAACAACUGGUUCAUCAACGCCAGGCGGCGCAUUCUGCAGCCCAUGCUGGACGCCAGUAACCCUGACCCUACACCCAAAGCCAAGAAGAUAAAGUCCCAGCACCGGCCGACUCAAAGGUUCUGGCCUAACUCAAUCGCAGCCGGCGUCCUGCAGCAACAAGGAGUCCUACCCGGGACAAACCCUGAUGGGUCUGUGAAUGUGGACGGCCUGCAGUCCCUGUCCUCCGACGCACUGACCAUGCAGCAGGCCAUACUGGGGGCCAACGACGACUCGCUGGAUGGCUCCGAAGAAGAAGACGAGGAAGAGGACAUGGAAGAGGAUGAACUUGACGAAGAUGGCGACGAGCUUCAGACAACGAAUGUCAGCGAGCUGGGUUUGGGGCACAGUGACUCCUUGGAGUAAUGACCCAGAAAUAAGCACAGAGAGAACUGAUGCAACCUUGGAACAGGUUUCUGACUGCACUUCCCACCUAACUCCAUCGGACCCUCCAUUUAUUGUUUGUUUUUAAGCUGGGCAGCCCUUGCAGGUUCUGGGCGGAAUAACUUUUUUCUCUGCACAAUAAGUAGGAAAAAUUCUGAAAAAGGGAAAAAUAACUCAGACCCUCUCCCAAAAUGCCCUAUUCCUUCUGCUUUUACACUACGAGGAUCUGAACCUGGAAAUGUAAUGUCCCAGAGACAAACCGCACUCCCCUGCGCGCCGCCGUGCCGGGGAAUGACCUGCGAAGAAAGCGAAUGUGCAACUUUUUAUUUAAGUGAAGGACAUGUUUACAGAACCACAUAUUGUGGGCCGCACGCUUUGUUUCUUUGGUUUUUUUUAAAGGACUUAAUGUGUUUUUAGGUAAAGCUUCUCCUGUAUCAUGACAGAUGCUGCCAGAGCUCUCGUGUAUAUAUAGGGUGUAUGUGUGUGUGUAUAUGUAUGUAUGUAUAUGUGUAUAUAUAUAUAUAUAUAUAUAUAUAUGUGUGUAUAUAAUGUACACACACACCCACACAUAUCUUUAAAGAGACUGGAAGAUAACACAUUAUCAGAUACAGGAGUAAAUUGUGAGCAAAAUUAUAGAAACUGCAUCUCCCAAUCUUUCGAAUGAUGUAAUAUGAGACUCAUCUAUUUUGGCAAGUAAACUGUUUUAUGAAUUUCCAUAUAAACAGAGUAUGAUGAUAA